CAGGGAGUCAUGAUCACGUUUGCGCUGUCGCUGCUGCUGGUGUUCAAGACCAACAGCAGCUACAGCCGCUGGUGGGAGGGGCGCAUCAUCUGGGGCCAGAUUGUCAACUUUGGGCGCAACUACACCCGGCAGGUGCUGAUGUGGUUCCCCGCGGAGCGACCCGAGCUGCGCGCCGCGGCGGUGCGGUGGGCCGCCGCGGCGCCGCGGGUGCUGCUGGCGCACAUCCGCGAGGGCUGCUCGCUGGCGGACGAGGUGGCGGACAUCCUAGAGCCGGAGGAGGUGGAGUGGCUCACUGGCUGGAGCAAUGCGCCGCUGGGUGCGGGCAGCGCCCUGGGUCAGCUGGUGGCGGCGGCGGGGCUGCGGCCGGAGCUGCAGGCGGAGCUGCAGCGGCAGGUUGAGCUGUACACGAACAUGGCUGGCGGCUGCGAGCGCAUCUUCAAAACGCCCAUCCCGCCCGCCUACACGCGCCACACCUCCCGCUUCCUGAUGCUGUACGUGGUGUUCUCGCCGGUGCUGCUGUGGACCGCCACCGGCUGGGCCACGCCGGCGGUGGCGGUGGUCAUCGCCUUCCUGCUGCUGGGGGUGGAGAACAUCGGGGUGCAGGUGGAGGAGCCCUUCCACGUGCUGCCCCUGUACGACAUAUGCAGGGCGCUUGAGGCGAACAUCCGGGAGCUGGAGCGAAACUUCCAGCCCACCACCACUUCCAGCCUUGUCGUUGUCGCGCGGGCGGCCGGAAGCACAGCCCGGCCGCGGCCGCCCGGCAAGCUGCCACUGUUUGCCGCCGGCUCCGGCGCUGGUUCUGGUGCCGAGGCCGGGGCGGGCAGCUGGGGCGUGCGUAGCACCGGCACCGGCACCGGCAGCGGCAGCGACUACGUCGCGCCGGGGGAACGGCACGUCGUCGUUGGCGGCGGCGGCGGCGGCGGCGGCGGCGGCGGAGGAGGAGGCGGAGGCGGCGGCGGAAGUGCCGCGGCGGCGGAUGUUGCGGUUCACGUGCUGGCGAGCGACGGCGGGGUUGGCCAGUCGCGGCGUAAGUCCCUGCCGGAGAGGGUGGGCGGCGGCGGCAACGGCAGCAACAACGCGGGCGGCGUACCGAGCAGCGGCGCUGAUAGUGCUGGUCGCGGUGGGAUGGUCGUGAGCACGGGUGUCAAUGGCAGCGGCGUUUCAAACAGUGGCGGGCAGGGGCCCUUCGCGAGCGCAGCAUUGGCGGCUGCGGCCACGGCACCAGCAGGCAGGCAGGUUCCUGUGCCGUCGCCGUCGCCGGCGGCCACAGGGCCGCUGGUGUCUUGAGUACCAUUGUGUGCGCGGCGUGCAAGAUUCAGGUGAUUGGGGUGGCGUGACAAUGCUUAAGCUGCCUGUGGUUGGUUUGGUCGGGCCAUAGCGGCUGGCUGGGGGUUUGUUUCCGCUGUGUGCAUGCCUGGAGGCCGUGAAAAUGCGCAAGUACGAGUCCGUAAGGGACCUCUGAAUUCAUUGGGUCCGGAAGCCCCACCACCGGUGUGGGGCCUGUGGGCUUGCUGUCACCAUUCAUUGAGUGAAGCGGGAACUGACGGCCGUGAUGCUGGUACAAUGGUACGCCAGAAUACUGCUGGGGCGUAUGUUGCAUUGGUUGACGCUGGGGCUGGGAAUGGCUGACGCCGCAUGCGGCGAGUGUGUGGGAUGCCGUGAAGACUGAUGAUGUGCCGGGGCCUCGUGACUUUGUUUCCACACAAUGCGCUCGAGACCGGCCAGACCGCAA